AUGACGCAGCAGUUAUCACAGCUUCGGAUGCAGCCACAUUUUGGAAAUGCUGGAGCUGCAGAGCGACUCCUAGAGCGUGCGAUAGGAAAUGCCAUUGGACGCCCGUCAGGCAGCGGCAGAACCACGCUGACGCUAGAAGAUGUACACCAACGUGAUUCCACGCAAAACAUUCUCGAGGAUUUGGAUCAUCUUUACCGAGUUGAUAAUCUCAAGGAACUGCUAACACACCUGCACUACGGGAGACUGGUUGCAGAGAGAGACAACUUAUCCAUGCCCGAAGUCGGUCACUUUGUCUUCCGGGGAUCCCCCGGCACGGGAAAAACCACUGUCGGACGUGUUAUGGCCACAAUCUUGCACAAUAUGGGUGCUGUGGGGACGAGCAAGCUGGUCGAAACAUCCGGGCGAGGGCUAUCGGGUGCAUGCUGGACAAAGCUCAUGGUGGUCUUGUUCAUCGAUGAAGCGUAUGGACUUGGAAAGGGCCCGUUUGGAGAGGAGGCGCUUGAGACGUUGGUUGAAGCUAUGACUAAACCCAAGUACCGCGGGUGUGCGAUCAUAAUUGCAGGUUAUCCUCGCGAGAUUGACGCUAUGUUCGACCUGAACGGUGGCCUUAAGAGUCGAUUUACGCGCUAUGUGAACUUUCAAGACUGGACAGAGGCUGAUGCAGUUAGUUUUAUUCGCGACAAUGCACGGAAGAACAACCUUUUGCUGUCACCCGAAGCAGAAUUGAUUCUCACCACUGCGUUUUCGAAGCGCAAGACGUUCGAAGGAUUCGCGAACGGCCGCGACGCCGAUACAAUGCUAAAGCAAUUGGUGGAAUGCCGAGCUCAGCGGGUGGUUCCUUCAGGUGAGCUAGAACGGACAAUAAUCGCAGAUGAUGCGACAGAGGCAUCGCAGACCAUGAUCGUUGCGCCGUCCUCCUGCUGCUCCGAUAUUCACUCAGUCCUCUACGUCUGA